AUGAUUCGUUUUUUUCUUUCAUUCAACCAACUAUCUAUCUUUUUGAAGCGGAUAGUUAACAGUGCUCAUUCUAUAGAUACUUUAUGUAAAAGCCAACUCAUGUUUCCACUCUAUUUUCAUUACGAAGAUGUAUCACGUCAGGAUCCGUUGCUCAAACCGAAUCACGCCAACGUUAUGGAAGUUCCUGGAUCGUUUGAAAUAAGAGUAGUACCAAAAGCACCCUAUGAUUUCAUAAAAAAAAAUGGAAAAUUGGCUAUGGAGAUUCCGCGCGGUCAGAAAUUCAUACAGACACAAAGGGGUUCGACAGGAAAGUCGUUUCGAUCCAAUCCAUUCUUGGGGGCAAAUAAAGACAAAGGAUAUGUCAGUGACCUAGCACGACAAAGCACUCUCCGAGGGCAUGGAAUGUCUAAUUUUUCGGUCAGAAUCUCGACAGUAAUGUCUCUGUUAGAUUCUCCGGUCGAAAUACGGGAAAACUCCAUUCAAUUCUCGAUGGAAACGGAGUUUUGCGAAUUCUCCCCGGAACUGGAAGAUCAUUUCGAGAUCUUCGAACAUAUUCGAGGGUUCAAUGUGACUAUUGUCACUUCGGCCAACACACAAGAUGAGACUUUACCACCGUGGAGCGGCUUUUUGCAAAAAGAUGAGGGGGAAACCCAGUAA